AAAACAAAAUAAGAAGCAGAGAUUUCCCCAUCAAUGUUGAUUCUUCUUCUGCUUCUUCUUCUUCGAUAGCUUUCUCUCUCCUCUCUCUCUCUCUCUCUCUCUCUCUCUCUUUCUCUCUCUCCAUGAAUUCUCCUUUCGGAGGUCCGAGCGCUUCGAGCACCAGCCCGCCGGGGACACAGGCCAACAUGGAGCGAAAAAUGGCGUCCGCGGAGCAACUUGUGCUUGAUCUCAGCAAUCCCGAUCUCCGAGAAAACGCCCUUCUCGAACUCUCCAAGAAGAGAGAACUAUUUCAAGACUUGGCCCCUUUGUUGUGGAAUUCUUUUGGUACUAUUGCUGCAUUAUUACAGGAGAUUGUUUCAAUUUACCCUGUUCUAUCACCUCCUAAUCUAACUCCUGCUCAAUCAAACCGAGUUUGCAACGCCCUUGCUCUUCUUCAGUGCGUAGCCUCUCACCCUGACACAAGAAUGUUGUUCCUCAACGCCCAUAUACCUUUGUAUUUGUACCCUUUUCUUAACACGACAAGCAAAUCAAGACCUUUUGAGUACUUGAGGCUUACUAGCUUAGGUGUCAUUGGUGCCCUAGUGAAGGUUGAUGAGACUGAAGUAAUUAGUUUCCUUCUCUCGACUGAAAUAAUUCCACUGUGUUUGCGAACAAUGGAAAUGGGCAGUGAACUAUCAAAAACAGUUGCCACGUUUAUAGUCCAAAAGAUUUUGUUGGAUGACAUGGGCUUGGAUUACAUAUGUACCACUGCAGAGCGGUUUUUUGCAGUGGGACGAGUUCUGGGUAGCAUGGUUGCAGCACUCGCCGAACAGCCCUCGUCACGUCUUUUAAAACACAUUAUUCGAUGUUAUCUUCGAUUGUCAGAUAACCCAAGGGCUUGUGAAGCAUUAAGAAGCUGCCUUCCAGACAUGUUAAGAGAUGCCACCUUCAGCAGUUGCCUUCGUGAAGAUCCAACCACUAGGAGAUGGUUGCAACAGUUGCUUCAGAACGUCGGCGUAAGUCGGGUUCCUGGACUUCCACCCGGCGGAGGGUUUGAACAUAUGAUGAUGAACUAAAAACACAACGUUAAGUGAGAAUUUAAAUUAUCAUCUAAUGUUUCUGGUUCAGUUUGUGCAAAAUAGAGGUAGGACUCCUUGUGUAACUUAUCAUCAUUCAGAGUGUAAAUUAAUUGGUAAAGUCCAGCUUUAUGUAACUACUAGUAUAAAAAAAUAGAGAAUUUAUCCU